CUGCACAUCACACACACACAUUCUCUCUCUCUCUCUCUCUCUCUCUCUCUCUCUCUCGUGUUGACAUCAUCGAUCCACUUUGAAAAAUCUCCCAAACACACUUUCUUUUUCUAGUCGCUGCUUCGUCUUCUUCUCUCUUGUUCCCUUUCAUUCAUUCUCCUUAUUUAUUUCUUUUCCAACAAACUUUUAUUAUUCUUUUUUCCGAGUGUUUUUUUUUCCUUUCUUUCUUUUUUAUUUUAUUUAUUCGAUCUUCUUUGGUCUGUGUCCUUCCUGUGGACCCGUACUAGAUCCACUUCUGCAUUGGAUCACAGAUUCACAGGGAAGAAAGAAAGAAUCAUUGAGAUAUAAAUGUUGAUAGAUCAUAGAUUUAUGGGGGAGUUGCUGAGUUACAUUGAAAUUAAAUGAAGGAAGAACUUGCAUGGACGAAGUUCUUAAGGAAUCUUCUGAUCAUGGUUGUUGGAUCAAGAAACCGGCCGCAGUUGAGGAGGCCGACUUGGAUUAUUGUUCUGAUCUCCAUAGUGUGCGUCUUUCUGGUUGCUGCUUAUAUUUAUCCGCCGCAAACCCCUAAACACUCAGCAUGCUAUUUCUUUUCCUCUCAAGGUUGUGGUACUACACGUGUUGAGGUUCCGAAAGCUGUUGCCCGGGAAUUAACUGAUCGAGAGCUUGAAUCCCGGGUUGUUAUUAAUGAGAUUCUCAAUGUUGACCCUGCCAAGACCAGGAUCCCAAAAGUUGCUUUCUUGUUUUUGACUCCAGGAUCGUUGCCUUUUGAGAAACUAUGGCACAUGUUCUUUAAGGGCCAUGAGGGCAAAUUCAGUGUCUAUUUACAUGCAUCGAGGGAAAAACCUGUACAUGUUAGCCCCUAUUUUGUUGGCAGAGAAAUUCAUAGUGAACCGGUAGGUUGGGGAAAAUUUUCCAUGGUUGAAGCAGAACGAAGGCUGUUGGCAAAUGCACUCUUAGAUCCCGACAACCAACAUUUUGUCUUGCUAUCUGAUAGUUGUAUACCCGUGCGCAAGUUUGACUUCAUGUACAACUACUUGUUAUUAACAAAUGUCAGCUUUGUUGACUGCUAUGUGGAUGCUGGUCCUCAUGGAAAUGGCAGGUAUAUAGAGCGUAUGUUGCCAGAAGUUGAAAUGAAAGAUUUCCGGAAGGGUUCACAGUGGUUCUCAAUGAAGCGGCAACAUGCUAUAAUAGUUAUGGCAGACAGUCUCUACUUUACAAAAUUCAAGCAUCAUUGCAGGCCAAACAUGGAGGGAGGAAAGAACUGCUACGCUGAUGAACACUACUUGCCAACCUUUUUUAGUAUGCGUGAUCCGGGUGGAAUUGCAAAUUGGUCAGUGACCUAUGUUGAUUGGUCUGAAAGAAAAUGGCAUCCAAGGUCAUACAAGGCUCGGGAUAUUAGUCAUCAACUCAUUAGAAAAAUAGCAUCCAUUGACCAGAGUCCGCAUUAUACAAGCGAUAUAAAGAGAUCAGUGGUGAUCACACCUUGCAUAUUGAACAAUUUGAAACGACCGUGUUAUUUAUUUGCCCGGAAAUUUUUCCCAGAAACUCGGGAUAAGUUGAUACAGAUUUUCUCCAACUCUACAUUAUUCUGAAUGAUUUGUGCAUCAUCAUCAUUCUUUGGUGAAUCAACACCAUUCGAUCCCCCAGCCUCAUGCUCUUCCUCUUCAUCAUUUGGUUUCGAGAAGCGCCCACGCCCUAAGGUGAAUGGUUAAAAUUCUUAGGAAGACACACGAGCUGAUUCAAUGCAAAAUCUUUGCUUUGCUGGGAUUUGUCAAAACCGCUGAGCUGUUCUUGUAUGAUUUGUUAUUCCUGUUGUACUCUAUUUUGAUUUUCUUUCUUAAUUAUUGGGAACAUUAUAGAUUUCCCUGAAAGGAUAAAUUUUUUGUAUCAUUGAUAGAGACUUAGAGAAGGAGGGAAAAGGAUUUUGGGGUUGUUUUUGACUCUGGACGCUAACGUAUUGCAUAUUUCUGUUAUUACAUUGGAAUUCAAGCCUUCAGCAUUGAAAAUUACUUGGUGAAUGGUA